AUGAGCAACCUGCAUCAAUACCCGCGCAGGACAGCAGAAGUGGCCCUGGCCAACCUGAAAAAUAAAUACGAGAACGAGAAAGCCAUGGUAACAGAAACAAUGACUAAACUGCGCAACGAAUUAAAAGCUUUGAAAGAAGAUGCAGCAACCUUCUCAUCCUUGAGAGCCAUGUUUGCAACCAGGUGUGAUGAGUAUGUCACCCAGUUGGAUGAGAUGCAGAGGCAAUUGGCAGCUGCAGAGGAUGAGAAAAACACCUUAAAUUCUUUGCUGAGGAUGGCUAUCCAGCAAAAACUCGCCCUGACUCAACGCUUGGAAGACUUAGAGUUUGAUCAUGAGCAGUCCCGGCGGAGCAAAGGCAAACUUGGGAAAACCAAAAUCGGCAGCCCUAAAGUAAGUGAGGAGGCAUCAGCCACCGUGUCAACCAUAGACACUUUCCUCCUGCAUAGUCAGGGCCCACAACCACCAAACAUACUGGUCAGCAGUGGCACUCAGAGGAAAAGACAAUUCUCACCUUCCCCUUGUGAUCAGAGCCAUUCCAGGACUUCAGGGACCUAUCUACUGCCUUUAUUAAGAGCCCCCCCAGAUCACACCUCCACAGAGUCAUUUCUUCUGAGGGGUCCCAUUUCCAUGAAUGAAUCCUUCCAUGGGCACCGUCUCAGCAAGGAAAAAAGGUUAACCGAACCCAUCCCAGUCGUGGCUCCAGUGCAACGUUUCCCAGUACGGGACAUCUCUCAUGAGGAACACUUGAAAGCCAUUUUGAUGGAUUUGGCAACUAGGCCCAAAACAUGUUACCAAAUACAAGAUUGUCAGCAGCCUGCUGCCUCACUACCGCCAUACCGCUCACAACUAACCAGGAGGCAUCGCUGCCAGACUGUCAGUCCUGAUGUAGCUCUUCCAGAAGAACAGCCACAUUCCAGCUCUCAAUAUACCCCUGUCAGCUGUCUACUUAAGCCUCCUCCUUAACAUCGUGCUUCAUUUGCAAUUUAAGAGUGGGGAAAUCUCACCACAUGGACUGAAUUCGAGUUCUGACAGCAAAGGAACAGUUUGUAUCAAGCAUGACUGCCUUGUUGCUGCACUGCUGAGUCCAGACACCAUGUACAGUCUUAACAAAGGAAGGCAUGUGGAAAAGCUUAAAGCACAGUGCCCAGACUGCUGAAAAUCUUCAAGGUUCCUCUGUGUACAUCACCUGAUCAAAACUACACAAUGGAAGUCAAACUUAUUCCUUCCAGUUGUUUGGCUAGGACUACUAAUGUGCUGGGAACCUAGAUUCCUACCGAAGUAAAGCAAAGAAAGUACGCUACAAAUCUUAUUUUGCCAUUCAGCUCAAGCUACUGACUCCAUAUUUCUUUCUGAGGUUCAAAUAGCAUUUUAUUUUAUUCCUGACAUAUUUGCACCAAAAAGUAUGGUUAUUAGAAAUGACGCAUUGAUGGAUUUGUUCUACUUCAAAAAAAAAAGUAAUAUAGAGAUAAUUUACAUUGAGAUUUGUUUUUUUUCAGUUAGGAUUUGUUUUUGUUUUUAUUUUUAAAUUUAAAAAUGUAUAUAUUUUAUCUGGAGAUCGCUCACCUUAGGCAAAAUACAGCCUGGUGUUUUGUUUAUUUUAUUGCACAACAUUGUAGAAGAUACAUUGAAAUGAAUGUGUACUUGGGGGGGGGAUGCAGAGGAAGUUGGGUGUGCCAAAAUUAAAAUAAAUAGGCACACAAUGAAGCACUUAAACUGCAUUGAUUUCAACAGAAUUCUGGCAUGCCUGAUUUUCUCUGAACUGUGUCUUUUGACUGGUACUACAGCACUCAGCUGCAUUGGCAUUGUUUACAUAGUUGUUUUAUACAAUACUGUAUUAGCUGCUGGUUCCUUUAUAUCAGGGGUGUCAAACUGCCAGCCCACGGGCUAGUUGCAUCAUAUGGAGGCCACACCCACCCCAGCCCCGGCAAUGCAAAAAAAGUCAUGAUACGUCAUGACACAUCACGUGACAGAGCAAGUUUGACACCCGUGCUUUAUACCUUCAACCUGAUUAAGCCUGAAAAGGGGUUUUAUUGAAUAAUAUAUGCAUAACUGUUUCCUUGUGCUUAUUUUUGUGUUUCAGGGUAUCAUUUUGUUUUAAGGAUCCUUUUCUUUUUUUCUGGGCAAGUUAAUGACUUGGUGCUUUUUUUCUGUUUUACUGUUUGGUAUCCAGACAAAAGAAAAAAAAAAUUCAAAUGAACUUGAAGUAAACAUACUAUAUUUUAUGAUAAUUGAAAAGUGCAGGAUGCAUUUUGCUUUACUCCCAAAUCCAGUAUUAUCAGACUAGGGCCUUCCUUUGGUAAAACCAAGUGGGGUGGAAUAUAAGAUGAUCAAAAUUAGUGCAUUUGGUGGUGAAUUGAGCAAAGAAAGUGGGAUCUGUAUCUUGGAUUGAAGAACAUAGAUUUAGAUUCUUGCUUUUAGAGAUGUCAGCAAUUUUUAUUCUAGCCCAUUCCAUAACAAAUAACUCAGGUCAGAGCACACAGGUUGUUUCUGCAUGGCUUGGCGUUCUUUCUUCAAGUAUUUCCCCAAUAAAUUUGAGAAAUGCUGAGUACAAAAGAAAAAGAAGGAUAACUACAUUGUUUUGCACAAUGCUCAGAAGCAAGAUGGCUUACUUGCAAGAUUUAAAGUUAUUAUUUUGGGCUUUCUACUGGGUCUCUCAGUUAUACUGUUACCAAUUUCUCCUGUUGGUGGAAUUUUUAUUCUGAGUCAGAUAGCCUUAAUACAUUAUAAUAAGGAAGAGCUAAGUAGAUCCAGGUCCCUUGAUUCCAUCCCUGCAGUGCUGAUACGAAUUAAAAGACAGAAAUCGUAAGGUAUCUGGGGAAAUCAUCCAUUCUGAAAGAUAUCAGAUCAUCUGGAAUGACUUGACAUCACCCCCCCCCCCAAAUCUUAAAGAAAAUGCUCCUUCUUAGAAUACAUACCAAAAAGGGGAAAGAAGGAAGGGGGGGGAUCUUCAGCCAAGGAAACUAUGAAGUUUAAGCAGUCAUCUUUGUGCCUAAUAAUAAAUAUCAUUGAAAAACAAGGUGCUAAAAACAGGAUAAGCCUAAUCAGCAAUUGAUGUAAUGUGGAGCAGUUGAAGUUUUGCCAAGAGACAGUGGUUUAAGUUACCAAUGAAAUCCACAAACUUGAAAGCAACCUCCAGUGUCCUAGUGACAAAUAGCAUGAUAGGGAAUUGACUAGAUGGAAAUACAUUGAGUUUAAAUGACUUCUCUGCGACAGUCCAAAUGAUGCAUAGCUCUGUUGCUAGAACUGUAGGAGCUAAUGGCUCUCAUUUAAUGUGCUUCCAUGUUGCUUCACUUCAUGUUCAUAUCUAGCAAGGGAAUAUUUCAGCAUCUUCUAGGAUUGCCAUUGCCAACUUUGCAUUGGGUUAUAUUGACGGUUAGUCAUCGAGCAGAAGUUUCUGGCUGAACUGAGAGUUCCUCAAGAGUGCCAGGAACUUCAACCAUUCAUCUCACUUUAACAGUCAUCCUAAACUUGAUAAUAUUUUUGAACAAGUGUGAUCUCCAUCCAGGAACAGAAGUUGCAGCUAAUAUUGGUGAACAAUGAAAAGAGUCCUAUGGAGACUUUUGUUGUAGUUUUACUUGUGAAUAAUGCAAAUUAAUUUAUGCAUAUUGUUUUGCAAGAGAGAAGCACAUGAUUUCUUAGCCAGUGAAAUCAAAAGGCCUUAAAAGUGCUUAGAAAUGAUUGGAUCAUACCUUCACUUUGAUUUGUAUUCUAUUAAGAAAUGAUUUCAACUGACCUAAUGUAUACCUCACAAUAUCUGUUAGAUCCAUAUAACCAAGCUGUGACUAUAUAGAUCGUACAACAUAUGCUAUGCUAUAGUGCUGAAAAGUAAAAAAAAAAAUUGAAUUGCUUGGACAUAAAUUUCACUUACCGCUGUACAGAUUAUGGGCUUAUACCUGAGUAACUGCUAAAAUAUUAGGUUCUUUUUUUAAUAUGGGUUAUACUUCAUAGCUGGAAAUAAACCUUUAUUAUCUUCAAGAAAUGUCCAGAGUAUUCAAAAUACUGGAAAUACAAUAUAGUCAGCCAUAUCUCCCAAGCCUUUCUUUUUAAAAUUUUGAAGGAUAAUUUUAAACAUUUGAAUAUCGAAAGCAUGGGUCCAGUCCAGAAAUAGGCAAGCAUUCAUUUUCCAAUUUAAAUCUAGAAACAGAUGAAAAAGACAGUACAAUCACAAUACAAAGAGUGAUGAGGGAAGAGAGUCUGCUAUGUAUUUUGCACAUAUGUGCACACAUUUAAAUUGGCUUAGCUGGACAUGGAAACAUCCAACAUCAAUUUUCAAUAAGUAAGAUGUGGAUUUUUGUGCAGCUUCACUUUUUUUCUUGUCUGUAGCAGGGUGAAUUUGUGUAUUAAAAAAAGAAACAUCCAGAUUUUUACUUCUAUGUCAAGUGAUGAAUUGUUGAAAACUCAAGAUCUAGAAAGUUCUCAAAUGAGAAAAAUGACAGAAUAUUACAAAGAAAAUAACAGUAUUCAGAAGGCCUUUUAGUAAAAAAAUCAUAGUUAUUCAUUCUUUGGAAGGAACCUUUUAGUAAUGAAAAAACCCAAAAGGGAGUAUUUUCUAAACAUGAUUAUACUCUACCCAAUUUUUUUUUUUUUUUUUUGCUUAACUGAAUUUUACUGGAAUUAAUAACAUAAGACUAAGCCUAACUGCACAACUGGAGAGGAGUAAAUCUUUUAUUGUUAGGGUCUAAUAUUAUCCUUUUAUCAGUAAAGCCAAUAAAGCCUCAAGUUGUUACCUAAUCUCUAACAAAGGUAUAUAUGAUUCUGUAACUGGUUCUUUUGUUUCAUGAUUUGUACAGCUACUAUUCCAUUUUUUAAUUAUCUUUCCUUCCUUAUGAAAUAUUUGUUUUAAUGUUCCAAGUGCUGAGAUGCUUCAUUAAAAGCACAGUGAUUUUCUUCCUUAUAUCUUGUCUUUAAAAAUAUGUUUUGUUCCUCUGCUUUUUCUCCAAUUUUCUAUGUGUUAAAGCUAAACAAAACAGAGUACUCAGCAUUUUUCUGGCAUCUGACUUUUUUUUUUUUAAAAAAAAAAAAAUAAUCCUGUGUAUAAAAUUUAAAAAAAGCAAUUAAUUGCAUUGGCCUCAGGGCAGAAUGCAUCUGAAUAUGCAAUAUAAUAAAAAGCUUGCAUGACAUCAUUUCAUGUACCCUUUUCAAUCAUCUAUAAUAAAGCUAGAGGAUUUUUAUUUCAUGAAGAUUUCCCUUUCCCUUUUCCUUCAUAUUGGAAAUGCAAGGCCAGUAUAACUUUGUGAAGAGCCAUAUUGCCUAAGACUUCCGUCUAUUUUAAUUUCCCUUCUACACAGCUCUUGAAAAUCCUCUCUAUUAAAUUGGAAGGCAACAUGGUGAUAACUGACAACAUACAAAAGAAAAAAAAUAGAUGUGUAUUACUGUGAUUGCUGUUUUAAUUUGCUAUAAGACUCUGGAUGUAUAGGGGCCUUGUUUUUCAGAUAGCAUCUUUACAUGAAAAUAUGCUGCUCAUUAUUAUGGGGCAGUGUGAUGGCUCAACAACCCAGGUUUGAGAUCCGGGCGUUGUGUGAUGGGUUGAGUUCCCGUCUUCACCUAGCUCCUGCCGAACUAGCAGGUUGAAAGCAAGCAAAUGCGAGUUGAGAAAAAGGUACCACUUCCGUGGGGAGGAAACAGUGUUCUGCAAUGUCAUGCUGGUCACAUGACCAUAGAAACAUCUUUGGACAGUACUGGGUCAACAGCCCUUGAAAUGGAGAUGAGCACCACCUCUAUAGUCGGUUAUGACUAGGGGAGUAAAGUCUGCAUUAUUAUGCACUAAAAAAACAAAACAGCAGUGGCAAGUUUUUAUAUUUUGCAGCAUAAAUAACUUGUUUUGUUGAAACUUUGACUUCAUUAUUAAAACUGUUUUGAAAUUUGUCAUAAGUGUUUGAUACCAAGUGGAAUAAUUCUGAUAACCAGCUAUGUGAGUUUGUUGAGGGGGAGAAAUAAAAAUAAUCUAGCUUUUAAAAAUUUAUUCAUGGGUAUGGCUUUGUGUACCAUAUCUCUGAAUAAAUGGAAGUGCACCCUCACUAGUUUUUGAUCUUGCAUCUCAAACCUUUUGGUUUGACUGUUAAAGGAUUAAUUCAACCGAUCCUUUGUUCAAAAUACUUUAAAUCCUGACAUUUUGUGAUUUUUGUAAUCUCUGAAUGUUUCUCUUUGCAUGAAUGUUUCUUAACUAAUCGACCACAAAAAAAUGUAUUGUGUUAUAUUCCAAAUGGUUUUGAAAUGCUGGUGAAGUUUGUGUUAAACAUGAUUGUAUACUUACAUCUGCCUGCUGUAGAGGUUGGCUAUUUCUAAACGGAACUGAUACUGUUAUAAAAUUUUGAGGUUGAAUGGUUAUUUCUAGAUGGUGAAGACAAAUAGAUGUGCUCAAUGAUUUAAAGAUUGAAUGUUAGGAAUUCUUGUGUUGCAACCACUGGUUUUAAGGAAAGUAUAUUGAUUAAUUCUCAACUCCAGAACCAUGUGCUUAUGAAACCUCUGAAAUAAUUACCAUGUUAAACCCUCUUCCAUUCUAGUCUUUAUACCUCUAGACAACCCUAGAUGAAUUGUUCUGAGAGGGAGUCAUAUGCUUGUACAUGUUUGAUAUAAUUCAGCUUGAAUGGUUGAAAAUUAAGACACUCCAGAACGGAAUAAAUUAAAUUAGGAGCUUAUAUAUGAUUCUUACUUACAUCAUUAUGUCCAAUUAAAAUUAUGAUGUAAUGCAUAAGUAUCCCACUAAAUAAAUGGGCCAUCUUUUGUUCACUGAA